AUGGCAAAUGCAUCAAAAAGUGAUAGUAUUCUACAAAUAAAAUUACAAGAUAUUCAUGCUGGUGUAAAGCAUAACUUUGGCACAGCUACCAUUAAGGACAUACCAUUAUUAUUAGCGAAAGCUACCUGGCAACAAAGUACCAAAUCAAGUGUUUAUUCUGCCAAUAAAAUGGUAACUUGCAAGAGAGGCGAUGAUCAAAUUAAUCUUAAUCUUGAAGAUGCAUCUGCCUGCAUAAUCAAUGGAUUGAGUGCAUCUGCUGGUGAUUCAUUUUGCCCAAUUUAUUUUGCAAAUACUCCUCAACUUCAUAUAGAAAGCCAUCAAUGCAAGUGCCUAAAGUCAACAACGGUGAACCAAACAACGUUUAAUGAAGAGCGUAAAAAAGCAUGUGAUAAGGAUGAUAUUUUUAUACUUUACACUUGUUGGCAUUCCAAUGUAGAAAGUUUGCCACCAUUGUCCGCUAUUGUUGAUCGUGAUCGUUGGAAGUUGUAUUUUGGUCCCUUUGUAGGAAAGACAUUUCUUCUAGCGGAAAAUGAUAAAUUCAACGCCAACGACUGCAAAAAAUCAGAAUUGACAUCAAUCUUUGGGAUAGGCCCUAAACGUGCUGAUCUUUUGGAGUCUAUGAGAUCAUAUGACAAUCUAGAAGAUUGCAUUAAGAAAACUGGAAUUUCCU